AUGAAGUCUCUCACUAUCGCUGCGGGUGCUUUUUGCCUCCUCGGCACUGCUAGCACAGUCGCAGGUGCAGCCGCACCAGUCACCAGGACUACCGAGCUUGCGGACUUUGCCCGCAGCCUAGGCGUGACGGAUGAAGACCUGCAGAAGUUCACGGAAAAGUACAGCCCAAGAAACGGUUCUUCCUCUUCAGUUGAAGGCGCAUGUCUCCUGGCGCAGUAUGUCCUUGGCGAACCCCAGGUGGAUGCCUCAAUAGUCGAUCAAACCGCCGUGGAAGUGAAUUGGUCACAGACCUGCCAGAUUGAGCCGCACUGCGUCAUCCAGCCAAGGGACGCAAGCGAUGUGUCGGUCUCGCUCCGCAUAGUCGAGUUCUUCGGGACCAAAUUUGCCGUUCGCAGUGGCGGCCACUCCCCGAACCCGGGCUGGGCCAGUAUUGGCCAAGAGGGCGUUCUCGUAGACCUGCAGAGACUGAAUGGAGUCACGCUGUCCGAUGACCGCGCCUUCGCGAGUGUCGGCCCAGGCGGAAGAUGGGGAGACGUGUACUCCACUCUAGACGCCGACAAGGUUGUCGUCAUGGGUGGUAGGCUGCCUUCUGUCGGUGUUGGGGGUCUGAUGCUGGGUGGUGGCUACUUUCACGUAUCAGAGCAGUUCGGACUUGCUGCGGAUAAUGUCAAGAACUUCGAGGUUGUCCUCGCCAACGGUACAACCAUCGACGCCAAUGCCGACCUGAACCAGGAUCUCUUCUGGGCCCUCAAGGGCGGUGGCCCCAAUUUUGGCGUCGUCACCCGGUACGACCUCUACACCAUCCCGGUGUACGAUGUCUGGGGUGAAAUCCUCAUCUACUCCGUCGACCAGGCUGAGGACGUCCUCCGAGCCUUUGACGAGUGGCAGAAGGACGGGGCGUCAGACUUCAAGUCGACCAUCGCUCUGACUGUGUCUCUCGACUCCAUCACUGUCGGCCUGGUGUACUCGGAGCCCGUAGCUCGGCGUCCGGAUGCAUUCUCCCCGUUCGGCAACCUGACGCCUCUUGCUACUGCGCUCCCGCCUCUGAACACGACUUUCGCGUUUGUGGCUCAGCUACUGCAGUCAGCUUUCCCGACUUUGCCGGGACGGCAUGAUUACAGGGGAUACAGCUCGCGCAUCGACACGGAGCUGACCAUUGACAUGUACAACUUCUGGCGGGAAAAGGCGAUUGCAGUCAGAGAGGCCACUGGAGCCAACCAGACAUUCGCCAUUCAGCAUGUGGGACAACACCUCAUUGACCAAGGCGUCGAGAAGGGAGGCAACCCCCUGAAUAUUCCCACCGGGGACCAGCAGUGGUGGACGACGAUCAUUGACUGGGAGGAUGAGCAAGACGACGAGGUGGUUCGGUCUGUGUCCAUCGAGACCACCAAGAAGUGGAAAGAGCUCGGCCAAUCACGCGGCUCGCAUCUGGACUUCGAGUACAUGAACGACGCGUCCAGGGACCAGAAUCCCCUCCGGUCGUAUGGGGCAGCGAAUCUGGACAGGUUGAAGAGCAUUGCGGCUAGUUACGACCCGAAGCAGGUGUUCCAGACGCAGCAGAACGGAGGGUUCCUGGUCUCGCGUGCGUGA